AUGAUGAACGAUGAUGAGUUGGUACUCGCCUCAAGCUGGCUUUUCGAAGGGAGCUCGGUCUCGAAUUGGACUCCUGAGGAGAACAAGAGGUUCGAGAACGCGUUAGCGUUGUUCGACAAGGACACACCCGACAGGUGGCACAAUGUGGCGGCCAUGAUCCCCGGUAAGACGGUGGGUGAUGUCAUCAGGCAGUAUCGGGAGCUAGUCGAUGAUGUCGGCGAUAUCGAGGCUGGGCUGAUCCCAAUACCGGGGUAUUCUGGUAAUAAUUCUCUUGCCCUGGAGUGGAUGAGUGGCCAUGAGUAUGCGGGCUUGAAGGGCUUUUACGGCCCGGGCUGGAAGAGGGGCUCGUCGGCCCGGUGUGCUGAUCACGAGCGCAAGAAGGGAGUGCCUUGGACUGAAGAAGAACAUAGACAAUUUCUAUUGGGACUCAAAAAGUACGGUAAAGGCGAUUGGCGAAACAUAUCUCGUAAUUUUGUGACCACACGAACCCCGACCCAAGUCGCGAGCCACGCCCAGAAGUACUUUAUCCGGCAACUCUCUGGAGGGAAGGAUAAGAAGCGGUCGAGCAUACACGACAUCACGACUGUUAAUAUCGACGAGAUCAAAUCCCCUUCGCUCGAAAAGAAAGGGCCCCAUGGAGCAGUCUUGGGCUUCAGCCCGACCAGCAGCAAUUUAUCCACGGCCCAUUUUCAAGAGACCAGCUGUGGGCUUGGCCCACACGACCAACAUCAUCUACCAGGCAUCGAUAGGAUGUCUCUGUUAGAGCAUCGUGGUACGGUUUUCCAGAUGCAUCCAAACUGA